AUAACGCCAUUUUUGAUUUGAAGAAAAUCACGAACGAGAGCUAUUUUAUUUGUUAUCGACAUUUUCUAAUUAUAACGGUCGCAAUUCUUUGAUCGGUAUUUUCCAACAGUACUUUAUCUUAUCAUCUGUAUUUUAAAAGGAACGUGACCUUAUUAUCGAAAGACUUAAGUUUUCAAAGAUGAGUGAUUCAGCUGAUCAAAACGAGCCACCGAAGGAUCCGAAGGAAGUGGAAAAACUGGAGGAAGCUAAGCUAAAAGCUAAGUUUCCUAAUGCUAUAUUGGGUAAAGGGUCUGGAGGACAUUCUGCUUUUCUUCAAAAGAGAUUAGCUAAAGGGCAAAAGUUUUUUGAUUCCGGAGAUUACCAAAUGGCGAAACAAAGGCCGAGUAAUCUAGCAGGUCCAUUCAAAGCACCAGCUGUGCCAGCCAAGUUGCCAACGGGAGAUGCCAUCCCAACGCCCGACACCGUCCCACUAAGGAAGACAUCUAUCAUACAGCCGAAGUUCCAGGCGCCGAGUCAGACCUCCUAGCCUCACAGGACAGAGGCAGCCAGCCCUUAAUUUUAAUUUCAACUUUUUAUUUUGCUAUUUCAUGUCACUAUGCAAUUGCUUUUAAUCUGUAUAAGUUUGAACCCUUUGUGGGUAUGUAGACAUCUCAAUAUUUUCGCAAACUUGAUGUCUUCAUUGUGAUUUGAAAAAUAGUAUGUAUGUUAAAAAGCUAAAACUUUUAUAAGAACAACUGUUAUAUUUAUGUAUACAAUUUAGAUAGUAAUAUUAGUAGAGUUGAGAAUGUAUGUAUUUUUGUGUUGAAAUUUAUGCUGGUAGUAUAUAAUGUUCCAGUCACUUCAUACAUACUCAUACUUUGAAGUAACUAAAGAAACAAUUUAUUUUUAAUACUGUUUAGUGGAUACAUGGUUUUUAACUAAUUUAAAAAUAUUAGUUCUCAAUUAUUAUUUUUUUGUAACUCACUCCUAGUUUUUUUUUUUUCAAUUUGAAGGAAAAUGUAUGUCAGUUUGCAUGAAACAGAAAAGUUAACUAAAAGAUAUAAAAUCAUAUUUUAAGAUGUUUCAGGUCAAUGUUUCAAAACUCAAAUUAGCACAUUUUCAUAUUGCUAUUUUUUUAAACUCUGCAUAUUUUGUGCCAUCAUGAUAUUUGAACUUUAAAAUUAUGUCAAAUCUCGUCAUGUCCUUGUCCUUUUUCAUUAUGUAUUAAUUUUUAUAUUUCAUUGUCUUUCACGUGCUUCACAUAUAAGACGCAAUUGUAAAUUCGGUAAAUCAUUAUUUUUGUAAUUCUCCGCUUUUGUUAACCUUGUACUAUGUAAAUAAAGCCAUACUUAUUGAAUAUAAAGUGAUGUAAAUGUAAGCAAAUGGUGUAGGUUGUGCUCUUUUGUAACAUUUGUGGGUACUUAGUAAAAUGAAAAAUCCAAUUAAUAAUUAAACAGUUUAUUAUUGUAAUUUAACACAGACUAAUUAAAAUAACGAAUCGUUACAAUACAUAACACUUAAACAAUUACAUUGUUAAUCUGUUUUUGCGAUUAAUUUGUGAUAUGAUUUUUACUGCUUUACUCGUGGCAUAGAAACCGCAAUGUGUUACGCACGGGAGUGAUGCAAAGGGAAUGUUGAGAGUUAGUUGUAAUUAAUAAUAAAUUCUUAUAAGAAA